GCGAAAUACAGUACCAAUUCUUACUCUCUCAAACAGAAGCGAAUGCUGCGUAGUCAGCACAACUUCCUUCAAGCCACCGAUUAAGCGAACAAGGCACGUGGACGAGCGGCCUCAAAGGGAUAUAUACAAAAGACUUCGAAUUGAGCCAUCGAGCUCGCAGAAGGCAGACUAGCAGAAAUUCAGCACUCACCAAGACCUACCUCUAGCAACUCAAAGGCAUACUUCGCGUCCAAAAACAAACAUGACCGAUCGCAAAGACCCACCAGGCACCAUGGCCUCCGGAGGCUCAAGCUGGAACGACUCCGGUUUCGCUUUUGCACCCAAUACCAAUACACUCGACGCGCAAGCUAUGCCAUCUGAUCAAGCCGCCGCAGCACGCGUUAAAGCGGCAGAAGUCAUGGCUGCGUUGAAGAGCGGCGAACCUGGCGCCGCAAACAAAUUAAUGGGCGACAAUGAAGGGAAGAGCUCUGGCGGAGGUUUGACUGGUCUGGGAGGACCGAAUGGUUUCUUUCAGAAGCUGAGGAAGAAGAAGGCAGAGAAGGAGAGUAAGAAAGCGAAUGACGGGGUGGUGCGAUAG